GACAUGGUGGUGCCGAAGUUUGUGGAGAAAAUUUUGUCGCAAAAGACAGAAAUGGAGUUUCACCACUACGCAGCGCACGACCUUGAGCUUUUGAAAGAAGUUUCUGUGCAGGGUCAGAAAUUGCUGCUUUGCUUCCACAGGAAAAUGUUCCUGAAGCGCUUGGAAGCCUUCUGCCUGACUGUGCGCUAUGUUUCCAACCAUGUGGGUCCUACAGAGCCCCGGACUAUUCCCACACAGUUCUUGGCAGAUGUCCCUUGCUCGGCGGCCGAGCAUUCCUUUUCGGAGUUGCUUGCUAUUACCGGCUACACCAUUGCCAGGUUGCAGAACUUUCGCUCAGAACUGGCCUCCGCCAUUCUGAUCAUUGAAACUGGAGCUGAGUUGUUUAUGUGUGACCAGGAACUGUUCACUGUCAUCGAAGAGUGCCAUGUGAUCUUCCAGGAUUUGAAGGUCUGCGUGACCGGGCUGCUCCUGGAUCCUCAAUGUGGUUGGUAUGGUGGGGCUCCAGUCACUGAUUCAGCUUAG